UUGGCUUAACGAAGAGGCAAUGGAAAGGCAGAAAGAGGUGAGCAGAGAUGAGAAAUGGUCACUUAAGGGUAUGACUGCUCUUGUAACUGGUGGCACUAGAGGCAUCGGGCAUGCCAUAGUGGAGGAACUGGGAGGAUUUGGAGCCAGAAUCCAUACUUGUUCAAGAAACCAGACAGAGCUGAAUGAAAGAAUACAAGAGUGGAAAGGGAAGGGGUUUGAAGUGAGUGGGUCAGUGUGUGAUUUGUCUUCAAGAACACAGAGGGAGGAGCUCAUGCACACUGUGGCUUCACUUUUUGAUGCCAAGCUUAAUAUUCUUGUGAACAAUGCUGCCAUAAGCAUAAUGAAGAGAGCAAUUGAACACACGGAGCAAGACUUUUGGCACAUAAUGAGCACCAAUUUGGAGUCCCCUUAUCAUCUCUGCCAAAUUGCAUAUCCUCUGCUGAAAGCUUCUGGCAAGGGCAAUAUCGUCUUUAUCUCCUCCGUUGCCGGCAAAAUGGCUCUUCCCGGCCUCGCUAUUUACUCGGCUUCUAAAGGUGCCAUCAAUCAAUUGACAAAGAAUUUGGCGUGCGAAUGGGCGAAAGAUAACAUUAGAGUUAAUACUGUGGCGCCUUUUGCCGUCAAAACCACAAUUAUAAAUCCCGAGAAUGUUGACAAGUCCAUUCAAAUCAUGUAUGCGCCCUUACUAGCAAGAACACCAAUCCGAGCAAUAGCAGAAGCUGAUGAAAUUUCACCAUUGACAGCUUUCCUCUGCCUUCCUGCUGCUUCCCAUAUCACUGGCCAAGUUAUCUAUGUUGAUGGAGGCUUCACAUCCACUGGCUGAAUCUUCCCAAUACCUAAUUCAAAUCAGAUCUAAUCGAGUCAAAUCAAUUAUAUAGUAAAUGUGAUAUAUUUGUAAUGUGAUUGGUUAUUUUUCUUGAAUUGUACAUCAAUCACGAUAAGUGUAUUACACUUGUCAUAUAAUUGGUUUAGGUCUGACCAAACCUGAUCUGGUCAGAAAUUCC